GUCUCUUGACAGAAGGAAAACAUGGCGACAUACGAACAAGAAGACACUGUUCGGGUUCGAACCCUCGUAAGCAGUUUAACAAUGGAUGUUCUUGAAAAACUUGGAAUGAAGCUCAAUCCAAGACAUCCUAUGAAAGAUUUCAGGUAUUUGGCAGGCAAAAUGAACUAUAACUACGAAAUGGUAAGAAAUUUCGCGCUACAGAGAAAUCCCACAGUUGCUCUACUGCAUGACUGGUUCAUGUCCCAUACGAAGAACGGUGAAGCCAAAACUGUGAGUCACUUGAUUGAGCUGCUUAAAAAUAUGAAACGAGACGAUGUUGUUGAAAUUCUUCAACCCUUGGAAUUUACAGGUAAAUGUCUCGGUUGUCUUGAGUUUGUUUAGAUGUUGUAAAUUCUUUGUAAUUGAAUAUGCCUAACGUUAGCUGUUUAAUAUUUAUUGUGAUUUGUGCGUGAUCUCUUGAAAACUACAGUAGAACUUUCUGUCGUGGCAUAUUUUUCAUUUUCUCUAGUUGCUUUGUCAUUAAUCUUUUGGUUAACUAUUUCAGAUUUGAAAAAUGUGUGGUUAGUUGUCAGUCUCGGCGGAAACCAAUGCGUGCAAAUGCAAACAAAACGAAUUACUAGGAAAUUGUUUUCUUGCGUGUAUCAAGCGGUGGAAUGUGUAGUCUAAAGGGGAUAUUGAUCACCGAUAGGCCUAAUAUUUUGCACGCUUUCACAAAUAUUUGGAACAAAUUUAUAAAAGUACGCUUAACACUUAGACUUAUUCGUUUUAAUUAAUGACAGAGUGUAAACUAGUGCGUGGGGCACUAAAACACCGAAUCCGGAAUUAUGGAAACGGACACGGAAACGGAAACGGAAUACGGAAUCUAUGAAAGAAGGUUCCAAGGGAUCGAUUUUGAAAAAAAGUAUAUUAGCAAUGACAAUAAAAAUGAAUGAAUAAAUUUAAUACCCGGGAAGACUGCGGUAUGACUAGAGGAGUCAAUUUUGGUGAAAAGACUUGUCAUACCCCUUCCGGCAGUGAACCAUAGCAUUGUGGAGUCCAAAGAGAAGAGAGAAUUGUGCAUGCAUUUGCUUGAUUCCGCAACUGAUUACACAAAAAAUAAUGCACCAUGUUUAAAAAGCCUCUUCAAUGUAAAAUAUGCACACCGUUUCCAUGAUUCCAUUUCCGGAUUCCGGAUUCCGUGCUUUAGUGCUGUCGAAACUAGUACAGUGUAACAUGACUAUAAAAAAUCAUGUCACUUCCAAAACAUAGGCACGUUAAACGUGCAUGAGCUAUUUUGAAUGCUUCAGUGUAACUUUACUGCUUCAGUGUAACCUUACCAAGAGUGAUGAAUCUACCUUUUUCGUCCUAAAUGUAGACUGGCUUUUUGUGCGAAAUUGAGUAUUGCCGUACAUAAACGAAAACGCGAAACGCUCAGCUGCGUCGAUCCACAUGCUAUAUGUUCACUUUCCUCUGUCUUUCCCUGUUACAUUUGAUGCAAGUUAAACAAAUUGCUAAAGUAAAAUAUAUGUCUACUCACCAAACGUUGAUUGGAAGGACAACUCUAAGGUUUCCUCGGAGUGUCUUAAGCUAAAAUGUGACUCAUUGAAUUCGAGUAGUUAUGAAAUACCAGGAAUUUUAUCAUUGUGGUAUAUGGUUGCAUCAUCACAAUUCACGAGGUUUUCACGUGCGAUUCUACCCAGUGAAACAGUGUUUAACUCCGACAACUUAUUUCUGCACGUUUUAAAAGCUAUUGCUUCUUAAAAGACAAGAGCCUUUUUUAAGGCAUUGGUUACAAAACGAAACAGGUCUUCAUACAUACGUUCUAGUUACUAUUAUUAUUGUGAAAAGCCAAUCUGCAUGAGAUGUACAGUCACACAACUGGCAAGUGAAAGUGUUGGACUUUGCCCCUUUCGUACAUGAGGGAAUUCGAGUUAUCACACAGUAAUCGAGUAAACAGAAUUAUAAAAAUAACUCAUGCACACAAUUUGCACGUGAAGAUGUUGGUCUUUGGCCCUUUUACAAUUCGUACUUUAAAAAAACACAAAUUGUUUACUACAAAAUUUUCUCAAAUGAUUUUAAGAAAUCACCUCGGCUUUACAACAUCUGCAAUUAAAUUAUGCUUCAUGUAACGUCAAGAUUGAUAGCCUAACAUUUAUUAACUUCCAAGAAAAUUAGCAAACUGCCGAAAUAUAUUUCUGCUCAUAUCAUGUUACUCCACUCAAUAAAGCAGUAUCUAAUUAUUGUGUCAACUAGCUUCUUCCAAUUUUAUUUAUGCAUCUUUACUAAAUAAAAUAAGUUUCAAUAACUAUAAUGCUUAGUAUACAGGAAGGAUGUAUAUUUCUACAGCUUGUUUACAGGAUUAACAAUACUCGGUACAGCUUUAAAAAAGUAAGCUGCCUUUCAAACUUCUAAAACCACAUUUUAUAGGCCGCAUACUUUCGAGUUAAAGUCCAUAUCUAAAUAUCAAUUAUUGCUUCACUGGAAGAGCUUUGAAAAUAUAUGAUCUUUUAUACUCAAAUUCGGUCAGAAAUGUCUUGAAGUAGCAUCCACACUAAAAUAUGAACCCUUAAACAGCUGCAUCACUGUACACAGCGUUUGAAUCAUGAAGAUAUUUAAUGUAAUGUUUCCAAACACCUGUAGCCAUGAUAAAGGACAAAAAAAUUGUGAAGAAUCAAGAUGGCAGUCUUAAAGUGCCCUUGUUCGACCUUUGGCAAUAUCAUUUUUAAGUAGAUACCAAGAUCUCAUUGGUUCCUAAACAUCAACUCAUAGUACCUUCAACCUUAUGGGCUCUUGCAACAAACAUCCGAACAUACAAAGUUAUAAAGAUACAAAGCCACAAAGAUACAUACGCUCACACCACUGACAUAUGAGCUAUGUUUUCAAAAUAGCUCAAAAAAUGAAAGGGGGGAAACAACUUGUUGUUCUGUUUGAGUUUGUUACUCGCAUGUGAUCAUGUCCUCUCUAUAUAUAUACCCCUAUAUUUGGACUGAAAGACACGCAGUAAGCGCGAAUGCAAAUUAUAAGGGGUGUAUAACUGUGCAUAAGUACUUAGAGGGUUUGCCAGACAAGCAAGUUUUCACAAUACUCACAAUACUUUGAUUGGAAAUGAUUUAUCAGACACAAAAUCUCUUUGGGGGAAUAAAAGAUUCAGUCCAAAAACAAGCAAGUUUCCAUAAGGGAGUGAGUGAAUCAAUCUAGCUUAUCAGCGGAACCAUGGACAAUAAUUAAAGAAAUUCACCGACAAUUAAAUUUCUUUUCAGAGAUACCCCUCUUUAAAGCUUGUAUGAAACAAAGUAAUUGUCUUAAAUGCCUUUUUAGUUUAAACUAAGGCUAAUAAAAUGAACUGUAUGUAAAAGGUGCAAGUAGAGAAAUACGGAAAAAGUUACCUCUUCUUACUUUUUUUUCUUGUAGUUAUAAACAUUGUCUCGAAACGAAGGGUGUAUUUUUACAGAUGGCGUUGAUGAUCUGAAGGGAUGUAACCAAAAACGUCUUUUCCAUGCAAUUUGAAAUCUUAGGACUUGAUAUAUUUUGCUUUAGACUACCUUUUUGAGCAAAGAAUCUUUUUGGACAAUUCAGAGUUCUUAUUGGUUGGUCUGAAAUUAAUUGAUCCUUAAGUUCCAGUAAUUAACUUAAUAUUAUUCCCAAUCUUAAUUUAAUUCUUUUCAAUGCAACUGCUUAAAAUUUUGUUGUCUAUCACAGAAAUUCCUCAGAAUCGUCCUGUGAACAACCUAAGCAACCCACAUGUGCCUUAUGACCUGUCUACUGCAUUUUAUGGUCCACCUGGACAAAGAAAUAUAUUUGGAGACUAUUCCAAAGGAGGUUCGUUUCCAUUUAAACAAGACAUUUGUCUAAUAUUUGUCAUAGCUGACUACCAAGUGCUUGCCAAUUAGGAGAGUGGCACCUUGUGUCAGUUAUCAAUUACUGGAUGAGGCUGAGUAUGAUUUUCAAUAGGACAAUUGCACGAUGACAAUAUUUAAUUGACUACAACUACCAGAAUUCAUUUCGGUUUUGCUUUGUUCUUUAAAUUUGUCAAUCCCGCUGAGGAUUAAAGAACAAUAGCCUUAAUUUGCCCAAGAAAACAACAAACCCAAGGAUUCUAGUAGUAAUUGUAGUAAAAUGUCAUCAUCCUGCAAUUGUCGUAUUGUCACCACCAGGGCUGAUAGCAGCCUCUGAGUGAGAUAUAUAGUAGAAUGGUUCUAUAUCUGAUAUUAUUAUUUUUUUUUAUUUCAAUAUUUAUCCAGGGGCAUCCAAUUUAGCAGAGCUAUUUUAAAUGGAGCCCUGACAAAACACAAAAACAAGGACAUUAAAACAUUAAAAUUAGACAAUUAAUUAAGUUAAGACAACAUGUAACGCAGGUGUUAUUGUUUAAAGUGGCGCUUUAGCUUGAUUUUGAAUUCACUGAGGGUCUCUACUUGUCUAAUGAUUCUUGGUAGGGUUCUCAGGUGAAGAGUGUGAUGUAAAAGGAGAAAGAAAGAGGCUCCACAUCUGGAUAAAAAAAAAGUCAUAGGCUACCAAAUGUUAGCGGGAGAAAUCUGCGUAGUAAACAGAGAAUUCUCCAAUCUCCAAUGCCCAAUGAACACCUUGUAACUGACUAGAAUACGCCUAGGCUUUUUGUGGUAUUGGAACCAGGUUAAGCUUCAUUUACCUGUGACUCAGACCUGCUUAAGUUUAAUUUAUUUGCAUCUAAUACAAAGCAUAUGUUUAAGUAAUACAGUAAGUUGCUGUUAAUCAUUGCCUUUGAUUCUUUAUCUAUGAAAGUAUUAAUUGCCUAAUCCAUUGCUGUUGAUAUGCUUUAGAAUUGGUCCAUCUUACAGUGCUUUAUAAUCCAUCCUCCCCUUCUAAACUUAGUAUGCUUCAAAAUACAGACCACUCAAACUGUUUACAAUAGUAAGAAGGAUAUCUUGAGAGUAGCAGACAGCUUUUAGGUCUAAAUGUUUGUGGUUGUUACUCAAUUUACAAACCUAAAGUAGUAAGUACGUGGCAAAAAUUCCACUGGAAGCAGCAACAUUGCCAGCUCCAGCCCAUUUUGACUGAGCUAAAAUAAUGAAGAGGAUUUCAGUUAUUCCAUCGUUAAUGUUUUUUUGUACCACUCCAUGGUAUUGCUUGAAUGUGAACUGAUUUUUGUAUUUAUUUGAUCAGAUUUAAAAGAAACGCGUCCUCCUCAAGAAAAUGAGUAUCUCCACUGUAACAACUUAUCUGGGAGUAGACUGUACAAUAACUAUGAAGGGGAUGAAAGUAAGUGUGCAGUAACUUAAGUUUGUAAAUGCAAUGUGGAACCUCAUUAAUACAGUCACCAAUGGGUCAGAAAAUUUGCCCAUAUUAACUGGGUGGCGGUAUUACCGGGGCAAGGUCAAAUUUCAUGACUUGAGGGCCGUAAUGACAAAUACACCAUACAUCACAUUCACACUUCUUAAACAACUGUUCUAUUUAUUAAAAAAUAUUAUAUUAUAAGAUCGGCUACUAAACCACCCAAAAUAUGCAUUUUUAGUCUAAAAACAAUACAAAAAGACUGGCUCAGCUAACUACAUGUACGUCAAUCAAAUUGACAUGUCACCGGCAUUUAAUUUUCUAAACUUUGUACAAGUGGCCAUAUUAAUGGGAUGAAAUUAUAAAAGAUUCUACUGAGAUGAUUAUUUUAAAAUGCGGCUGUUGUACAGUUUUUUAUUAGAAAAUGUAUGGCCAUUUUGCUGGGUCAACAAAAGUGGCCAUUAUGACAAGGUGAUCUUAUUACCAAGGUGGCCCUAUGUUGAAAAAUGUACUCACAGACUACAGAGCAUGAGAAAAGCACUAUCCUAUACCCUGUAUUUGUAGUAGACAUGAAAUGCCAUAAGCUGCCAUUAACGAAGAGUAAAAGUAUUGUUAUUGUAAAAAAGUAGUUAUACAUAACUCCUUGGCUCAUUGCUUUUAUUUGCUAAGGGUAUUGGCGAGAGGUUACAUUCAAUACUCAGCAGAAUAUGUUUUAUGAUUUGGGAUCACCACUGGCAGCAGAGCCAAGGCCACAAGGUAUGUACUAUAAAUGUUAUUGACUGCUGCACGGAACUGUAUUUUUGUAGAAGUUUAAUUUUAAUUUUGCAGACUAGUUACCACGUAAGGAGAUUGAAGGGGGAUAAAAGGAUCCUAUGGAGUAAGGUGCCAGGGAUAUGAAGGGGUCAUUUCAAAGGGAAGAGAGGAGUAUAGGAAAGAUGCAGAGAAAUAAAAUGACAGCUAACACUGGAGGAAUGGUUUGCUAAAUAAUUUAUUAUUACUUCAUGAAAGUUUUUCUUGUAAUUUUUUUUUCUUUUGCAGUUCGACAUCCAGCAACUGUUCUCCAAAAUGGUAGGGACAAUAAUUCGUUAGAAGAACAAAUUGUGGCCUUUUUCAAGUUGCCAUGACAAAAUUAAUCAAGGAACUUUAUUUAAAAAAGACAAAGAACUGUCAGUUGGAGGCUCAUUUUCAAGGUGCCUUCUUGAACGAUUUAAACAAGAGAUAAAUAAUAUAUGUACAGAGAAUCAUUAUAACUAUUAAAAGUAUUAAAACUCAACUAUUGACGGUACUUAUCUUUAAUCUUUUCAAAGGUUAAAGGCAAGUACCAUCAAUAGUCUCUUAAGCGACCGCCUUGGGAAUCUAUAAUAGUGGUUGCAUCCAUUUACAAGAAUAGGCUCUGCUGUAGGACUCGGGGAGGUCUGAUAAACUUCUUGUUAGUGGUUACUUACAAAAGCCUUAAGCUGAAAGAUAAUGGUGUGUAAUUACCUACAUACAUUUCAGCUAAAUUAAUAUUAAUAGUUUCUAAUUUAUUAAUCAUAACAUUCAAAGUUAACUAGUGGUCAUGUAAUGUAUUAUGUAUGAUCAAGUGUUGACUGAGUAGUUCCUUACGAGAACUUAAAAGCAAAGGAAAAACAAUGGUCAUUAAGAUUCUAGUCCUUAGAAAAUUGUUGACUUUAUUUGGUCUGUGAAACUGUAAAAUUUAAUUUCACAGGCUCAUCUCAAGGUGAAGUGAGUUACAGUGAGCUACAGACUAUGCAGCGGCCGCCGCCCAAUACUAUCCCACAAAGCCCACCAGGUAUCAAAAUCACAGCUUUGGAAUGAACAUUUUUGCUUCUCUCUUUUGGAAUAUUCAGUAAUAAGUUACUUAUCACCUGUACUGAUGUCUUUUUGUGCAUAACUUGUUUAACUUAUUAUUUCAUGAUAUCUUUGUCCAUAGGAUCUCAUUAUGGUGACGUAAAUGUGGAAUUGCCACCUGUUUACAGGCAGCACAAUUUUAAUCCUCCGGGCCCAUCACGGCUUCCUCCAAGCCCACCACGGCCUGGUAAGUGAAUCCAAAGUUGCAAAUAACAGUUAGAGAGUGUGCAACUAAGAUAUGCUCCAUAUUCAAUGAACUCUUACCUGUGGUCAGGCAUAAUGCAUGACCAAAAUAGAUAAAAUACCAAAGACAAACAUUUUCAAGCUAAAGAUUUAUAGAAGGUGACCAGAGGAGCCUGCCAUCCUAAUCUCCAAGCUGCUAGCUUUCAUUUGGGCUUCAACUAAGAAUGAAUGGAAUUCAGGGGACACAAGAAAUUAAAAAUCACGUUCACAGGUUGCAUGAUGUUUGCAUGUUUUCAAUAAUCAAACAUGACAACAACAACAACAACAACAACAACAACCAACCAACCACGUUAUUUUGCCAACUUAAAACAUUGACAAGAACAGCAUAAAUUAAAAUAGGUCAGGCAAAAAAACUACUCAGAAUAGCAAAGAAGAACUAAACGACCUGAGUAGUUACAACAAUUAAAUUACAUUUUAUAUGGUUGCAACACACAAAAGAUAGGGGAAGAAUGUCAUAAAUUUAGGAGAGAAAAAAAAUGAUAAAAAAUAAAUUAUACGAACAAGAAGUGAUUUUGAAAAGCAUUUCACUAUAAAAAAUUGCGAUAAAACAUUUCUUAAAAUCAUUUUAAGAGAAAGCCAAUUCACGGUUUUAAGAAAGUGCCAGAGCAAAUUUGAUUGUUUAGUAUUUGAAAUGCUCUUCAUCAAGAAACUUAAGCCCAAUUUAAAUAUUCAGACGGACUCCAUACGUGCGAAACUCUAUUUAUAGACCAAAAAUCACUAACUUAUUUUGACUUGAUAAUGACGUUCAGCUAACGUCGAAACGUCGUCGCUUUUUAGCAAUUUUUUAAAUCUUAAAAUGAUUUUAAGAAAUGUUUUAUCGCAAUUUUUUAUAGUGAAAAAAAUAAAUUAAUUAAUAAAAAAUAUUAAUUUAAUUAAGAUAAAAUAGAACAACAUAAAAGGAAAAAGCAAACAAACAAAAACAAAAAAUGGUACCAGAGUAUCAUAAAGUUUACAUUAAUAAGGGUAUAAGUUAUUCAAUACUGUCCAGCAUCCACAGUAAGUUGAUAAAAUAUCUGUUUUCAUUGUUUGCUUGAAUAGAUUCAGAGAACUGCUUUUUAAAUUUUUAUCCAGAUUAUUCCAAACAAAUAUAAGUGAAAAGAAGUUGUCAAAAGCCUUAGGUAGUAGAUUGUGAUGGAAUUGAAACAGAAAACGGCAGUAUGAAUAGUCACAAGAUCCAUGAGCUUGAUUAAACUUAGCUGUGAAGACAGUGGGCUAGAAUGAGGUCUUUAAGAUUAUAGUCCUUAGAAAAUUGGUGACUUUAUUUGGUCUGUGAAACUGUAAAUUUUAUUUCACAGGCUCAUCUCAAGGUGAAAGUAGUUACAGUGAGCUACAGACUAUGCAGCGGCCGCCAAAUACUAUCCCACAAAGCCCACCAGGUAUCAAAAUCACAGCUUUGGAAUGAACAUUUUUUCUUCUCUCUUUUGGAAUAUUCAGUAAUAAGUUACUUAUCACCUGUACUGAUGUUUUUUUGUGUGUAACUUUUUUAACGUAUUAUUUCAUUAUAUCUUUGUCCCUAGGAUCUCAUUAUGGUGACGUGAAUGUAGAAUUGCCACCUGUUUACAGGCAGCACAGUUUUAUUCCUCCGGGCCCAUUGCGGCUUCCUCCAAGCCCACCACGGCCUGGUAAGUGAAUCCAAAGUUGCAAAUAACAGUUAGACAGUGUGCAUCUAAGAUAUGCUCUAUAUUCAAUGAAGUCUCGCCUGAAGUCAGGCAUAAUGACCAAACAGAUAAAAUACCAAAGAUUUAUAUCAUUUAAAGCGAAAGAUUUGUGGAAGGUGACCAGAGGAGCCUGCCAUCCUAAUCUCCAAGUUGCUUAUAUGCAUGCCCACCAUGUAUGUAGUUAGCAUUCAUUUGGGCUUCAACUAAGAAUGAAUGAAAUUCAGGGGACGCAAUCUGAUCAUGCGCAUUUGGACCUUCUAUCAUUUGUAAUCUGAUCACAUGCAUUCAAUAUAUAGCACAGCAUUGGAGCAAGAUCAAUUGACCCCUUGCAAUUCUCUCCCUGCGUGUGGAUCGAAAGUAAAUACAAGAAGGAAUAUACUAUUUGCAUAUCGUCCUGUUACAGAGAAACAUAUUCAUGGGGAUUGUUAGAAGGGCUUUAAAUGCAAUAUCGGACAGGAAAAAUGAAACUUAAUUUCUUUUGUGAGAUUUAAAGAACAGAAAUUACUAUUAAAAUGGAAUUUAAGCGACCAAAACUAACCCUGUGACAUUUUGUAAGGGUAGAAUGACAAUAAUUUUUGGAAUUUCCGGUUAGAUCAGAUUAGCAAGGCAAGCUAGUACUGUCAUAUGCUAUAUCUUUGGUGGCGGAGGGAUGAGGGAAGGGGUAGCCUGUGUACAGACCCCUCCCCCCUCUCCUCAGGAAAAACCUGAGGGAAGGUGGAGGGUCUGUACACAGACAAGGGAAGGGAGUGAGUUGUGGAAAUGUCCCAGUUAAAAAUAAUGACAAUCGCUUCUUGCUUGAACAGAGUUAUUCUCUAUCCCGUUUCACAGCCGCCCAAUGAACCCUCACUAUGGGGGUCUUGUUAGUUCUGACCUGAUCAAUAUAAUAAGUUGACUUUGAUGCCAGCAUAGUACUAUACCCAUGCUUAGACGAUAUAAGUAAAAGGAAGUUGUCAAAAGCGUUAGGUAGUAGAUUGUGAUGGAAUUGAAACACAAAAAGGGGGCAGUAUGAAUAGUCACAAGAUCCAUGAGCUUGAUUAAACUUAGCUGUGAAAACAGAGUGCUAGAAUGAGCAUCACGAUUAGAAUAUGUAAUUAUUUGCACUGCCUUUUUCUGUAAAACUACAACAGCGUUUAGAGUUGUAGCAUAAGUAUCACCCCAGACAAUUAAGGCAUAAGUUAGGAAAGAAACAUGGUUUUCCCAUAUCAAAUAACAGUGACGUUUUGAAUUUUUUCUUCGUAGUCAAUGUAUAUUUGUGUGGUUUUUGUUUCUGCAGUGGUCUCAGACAAGGUUGCUUUGGUCAUUGGAAAUCAAAAUUAUGAAUGUCAAAUGUUGCAAGGACUUGCUUAUCCUGAAAAAGAUGCUUAUGAUGUGGCUUUUGCUCUUCAAAGACUUGAAUUUAAGGUUGGUAGGGAGGGAGUCAUCACAAAAGUAGAUUUCAGAGAUCCUCUUUUUUUUAAUGGACAGAAAGUAAUCUUCAGUAACUAAGAAAUUUAAUUCACUACGAUCCAAAUGAAUACGUGUGGUAUUUUCAUUAUUCUUCACAUGAAAGUAUGUUUGUGGUUUAGAAAGUUCAUGUUAAAUUUCUAUGCCAUACAGCCUGUUGACAUCAACCAUAAGAGCAAACACUGCAAAGCAAAUUUUUACAGGUCCAAAGUAGAAGAGCUAAGAGAGAGUGACCCUAGAUCGUGGUGGAAGAAGACUCAGUGGAGCAAAAUCGUAUUGCUCUAGUCACCUGCUUGCCCAAAUGCAUGUUGAUGAACUUGAGAACGUUUCUACACAGAAAAUAGCUGAUGCGAUUAACAGCACUCUGUUUGAGUCCUUAGAAGAGUAAUGGCUUCUUAAUGACCACGCCCUUGAGAAUUUAUGCCAUUGCCAUUAUUUGAGUUUGCAUGCUGCUGAUGUCAAUAAAAUAUCAAAAAUUUGACCCAGUUUGCUCAUUCACACAGCAAAUUAUCACCUAUGUAUGUUGUUCUCUUUCUUGAUUGAGUCACCACAGGCUGCCCAAGACUCAUGCAAAUGCAUGCUGACCAUUUUUCUGCAGACCCCUUCCAAUCGGACGAAUUCAUACGAUUGUGAAGGAAAGGGUUAAAUGAUUGCUUUAACCCUUUAGGUGCCAAGAGUGUACAACAUCAAUUUUCUCCUAACAGCAUCAGCACAUCAACAAGAGUUACAAAUUUGAUUACCCAAUGGAGAAUGCUUUGAUCUUGAACCAAAUUCUCUCAACUAUUCUCAAGAUCACCCUGGAGAAUUUGGUUUUGGAUCUUGAAGCUUAAAGGGUUUAACUGUAGAAGAACAAAAGGGGGAGACCGAGCAAUGAAAAACGAACACAGAUAGACUGAGGAAGAUGAGAGUGUGCUAGGUUUAGGUUUUUUAAAACUUGAAAUCAUCAGCCAGCUCUUUCUUCAAAAUAAUGCAUGGAAAAUUUUAUGUGCCAAUGAUUUUGCCAAUCAACUUUAGCAUUAAUUUGAAGUCAUAUUUGUUAAAAAUUACGGAAAAUCGUUCAGAAAAAACUUGGCCUAGCUCCCUUGAUGCACAGUGGUGAAUUUUUUUUCGCUUUGAAGGUUGUAUCCCUGGUAAACUUAUCCUUGAGCGAGAUGAGGAUUGCAGUGUUAUCAUUCACUAGGAUGUUAGGUGAGAUUCUUCAUAGUUAACCUUAAACUCAUAAAGUAUUGAUUUUUAGAAUUGUAGCAUGAUAAAGGUCAGCUUGGUGAACUUGCAAUACGGUGGUCCGGGCUGGCAUUCCUCUCCAACCUGUCACUGAAUUUAUUUCGCAGUCACUGCUAAUGUUCAAGUCCAUUCACUUGUUAAGCCUGGUUCUCAUAAUUAUGCCACCGAAGUACCUACAACAUAUCCGCCGGUACUGCUUGCCUUACUACUCUGACAUACGAGGACAUAACACUGCCGGCAACAAGAAACAUCGCAGGUCUUUUCUGCCGGCAUGCUUGCAAAGUCGAGUCAGGCAUGCCCGCGGUAAAGACUGACAUGGCCUCUGUUGCCGGCAACUUCUGUUCUCAUAUCGGAACAGUGUGGCAGGCAGUACCAGCAGCUAUGUCGCAGGAAGCUCGGCGGCGUAUGAGAACCAGGCUUAAUGCUUGUGAAUAGCCAUCUGGUUCUGGUUUGCUUCUUAAUUGCACGCGCAGGUUUUAAGAACUAAAACAUGUCCAGAGAUCAAUUGGAUUCCAAAAAUGAUUCUCCAGUUUUGUUAUUAAGACUAUAUGUAGCCAUUGAAACUAUUUCCCGUUGUCUCUUGAUAUGGAUGGCGAGGAUGGACAUGGAUUCAAACUUGAAAAAGUUGGGCCAACUUUUUCAAGUUUUAAUGGUAUGCCUGCAAAAAUCACCAAAACAUUCUUAUGUUAAGUGCUUCCUGAUGAAAUUUGUUUUAUAUUUCACAAAUCUGUUGCAGCAUUUUAAUUUUUUUGUAUGGGUAAAGGUACUAAGUCAUGACUUUUGCACAGAAUCGACCUUGAGUUAAAUAUCCUCGUGACGUAGCCCCGUAAACUGUUAAUUUAAAGUUGAGUACUUACGGUAUUGCCUGAUUUGCCCCACAAAUGAUUAUUAACUUACAGCUUUCCAUGAUUGCUGAGAUGACCAUAUAGUAAUUGCAGCCCCCUCUCUGGUUGGCAACCUAAAAACAGAGUCUUUGGUGUUACACACUGACUCUUUAUUAAAGUAGGUUUUUUGUUUGUGAACAAGCUGUAGAAGGCAAGUGCAAAUCCUCUGUAAACAAUGCAUUUUUUAAACAUUUUACAUUGACAGUAGAUUUGUUAAUUUAUUGACUUUAGGCAGAGGUGUUUAUGGUGUCCUGUACUAUGCUGGUCAUGGUUUUGAUGAUGGUGGGGAAAGCUUUCUUCUUCCUGUUGAUGCAGAUCUCAAAUAUGAUCGCGAACACAGUCUGCGAGCUCAAGAGAUUCUUCAAACAAUGCAGACGUGCAACACUGAAUUGAACUUGUUGAUCAUCGACUCUUGUCGAAUCAGGUAGGGUGAAAUACUGUCCGUCAGUCUUGCAUUUGUAGGCAGUGUCCCAAAUACAUAGUGCUUCUUGAAAAUGCAACUAUCGUUUUUGGAUUGUUUGUUGAUCAAUAAAAUGUUGUAGCCAUUGCUAAACAAAGGUUGGAUAGAGUAUCAUGCCAUGUUGAAUGUUAAAAUAGGUUACUCACCAUGUAUCUUUGGAGACCUAAUAUCUUUUAGGAACGGGCGAAAGAGCUCCGAGAUGCUACUCUUAACGAACCAGUUCCAUGACUCAUUCAAAUGCUUGUCUCUGAUUAUUUUUUUCCCACUCGGAGGCCAGGAUCUAUCACGCUGCUUUCAUGACCUUCUAAUAUGAAGUUGUUUACCUGCAAACUCGACUGUUCCUGUACCUGUCUGGUUCGUGCAUGACAGCUUACCUCAAGAUGAGUUUUCAGUGAAAAUGGGCCCCAAAAAACCAAAGAAAUUCCAUAAUUUAGCAUGUUAGCAAUCCAAAAAAAAACCAAAAAUGCACCAACCAAAGAAAUCAGACUGUGGACUGGUCGAAGGUAAAUUUGUAAACACCAGAGUACUUCUAGGUUUGUUCAUGUAACUCUGCAAGUUUACUCUAAGUUUCUUUUGAUCCACUUGUGUCACUGAGGAGAAAAAUUUAACAUCAAACUUACAAACACUAAAGGGCAAAGGAAUUUCUCCAGCGCAUGCGUGACAAGUAUGCCAAGCAGGCGUAAACAGCCACUCACACGAUUUCGCAUAAACAAGCCUAGAAGAACUCUGGUGUUUACAAAUUCACCUUUGAUCAGUCCACAGUCUGAUUUCUUCAAUUGUGGCACAAAAAUGUUACCAAUUAUGGGAUUUGUAUGGUUUCUGGGGCCCAUUUUCACUGAAAACUCUUCUCAAAGAAAGCUGCACUACCCAGACGGGUACAGCAGACAGUGGAGCGAGGCCAAGUUCCCUUCUAGUUUCUAAAGUAAGGAAUUCCGUUUGUGUUAACAGAUUGCCCAAUAAUGGUGGGUCUGUGCAAUACUGCAAAAGAGGAGCUAGAGGAAACAACAUUUUUGCUUACUCUUGGUAAGUGUAAGAUCAUCAAAGUUUCCACUGGCAUGCUUUGUGGAUUAUUAUUAUUAGUAGCAGUAGUAGUAGUAAUAGUAGUAGCAGGAGCAGUAGUAGUAGCAGUAGCAGUAGCAGUAGUAGUAGCGGUAGCAGUUGCAGUUGCAGUAGCAGCAGCUUGCAAUAGCAGUUGCAGUUGCAGUUGCAACAGCAGCAGCAGUAGCAGUUGCAGUAGCAAUAGCAGUAGCAGUUGCAGUUGUAGUUGCAGCAGCAGCAGCAGUAGUAGUAGCAGUUGCAGUUGCAAUAGCAGCAGCAGUUGCAGUAGUAGUAGCAGUUGCAGUUGCAAUAGCAGCAGCAGCAGUUGCAGUAGCAAUAGCAGCAGCAACAGUAGCAGUAGCAGUAGCAGUAGCAGUAGUAGUAGUAGUAGUCAAUUUAGAAUUGUCGGACGUUGACUUAGAUAUUGAAAAAGGACACGCAAAUAUUCAUUAAUAAGGCAUUGAGAAUGCUAUGUAAUUUCCUUUUUUAGUAAUUUUCUUAGUAAGAAGGCGUUUAACCUUGUAAAUAGUUUUUUGAAUCGAAAUGGAUUGUUUUAAUUGAAAUGAAAUGUUUGUAAUUCGAAUAAUUUUUUUAAUUAAAUGAAUUUUUUUCUAAUCAAAUUUAAGUGUUUUUUAAUCGAAAGGAAUUGUAAAUAGUGUUUUGACGGAAUAGUGUUUUUGAGCGAAUUAAUUGUAAAUAGGAUUUUAAUAGUUACCAUUGUCAUUAUUAUUAUUAUUUAUUUAAAAUAUUAAUUAUUAUUAUUAUUAUUAUUAUUAUUAUUAUUAUUAUCAUCAUUAUUAUUUUAUUAUUUGUAUCUUUGUUGAUGUAUUUUUUUGGUUUAUUUUGGCGGCAGUUGUUCUCAGCAUGAAGCAUAUGAGGCGCCGGGUAAAAGAAAUGGUCUAUAUGCCUUCCAUUUGCUAAACCACAUAAGACGAAACGAGAGGAUAGAGCUCAUUCUUAUGGAUGUGGCACGUGGUAUGUUGAAGGAAGAGUUGCUUAGUUAAACCAUAGUUAGAAGAGGAGACUGGUUAGAAAACCCGGCAAACAUCAAAGUUGAAAACAAUGGUGCUGUAGGUUUUGUUGGGAGCUCCCUUACCGUGCACAAUCCUUUGUUUUCUGUUCACAAAUUAUGAAAAAUGAGUUAACAGUAACUGCGUUCGUUUCGCCCCGCCUUAUCCAACUCCACAGCAAACUGCGCACCGAAACGACGAAUAAAUUCCGGGCGAAACAAUCGGAAUUACAAAGUGAUUUUAGCACGAGGUGAUUGGGUGAAAAUUGCACACAAAAAAAACAGCCACAGUUCCAAAACAUGUAAAUCAUUAAGUGAUUUUAGAAACCGAAUGCGUAAUAAGGAUCUGACAUCUCUUAUUGAUGAUGGAUGCAAAGGAUGUCUUCUGUGUGAUAGUUGAUGUCUCAUCGGAAAUAAUUUUAGCAUUUUUAGCACUCAGCUUUAGUAUUUUAGCUAACAAUUUGUAACAUACUGUAUGGAUUUUUUUUAUCCACUUAAUUAUUGUAUCUAUUAUAUUUUAACUGUAGGUGUCCCCUAGUAGUAGAGGGCCUGCCCCUCGGCUAGUUUUUCUUUCUUGACACAUAAAUAAAGUUUCUAUCUAUCUAUCUUCCUGGUGUUAGGAAUAUUUUGUGGAAUGUGGCUGGUAAUGACGUUCAGUGUGUUAUCAGCCCCAGUUAGUGUAACGAAAAUUUGCAUGGCGAUUGUCGCACUUUUUAACUUGGAACAUUCUGAGACAAAAAAGAUAAGUUAAAUUUUCAUUUUGACGGAAAGGAGACCACCAGGAUUUAGCUUUCUCAAUUGCUUUUUUUGUUUUCGCUAAAAAAAAAAAAAAGAAAUAGUGGAUAGUUUUAGGUAUUAUUGUAGCUGUUCUCAGUUCAUGCAUAUUGCUGUGUAUAUUUUGACAGAUGUUACCAGGGAAAGCACUCGAAGCCUUAUUCAGCGACCCUGCCAUGAAUCUGAUGCAGUAGCUGAUUGCCGCUUAACAGAUCCCAUUAUCCCUACAGUGCGUCCAAUAGAAUUUAAUGAAAGGAUUCAGCUCUGGAACGAAGCUCACUGUGAGUGUACCGUAUUAACUCGAAUAAAUAAGCGGCGCGGCCCGAUAUAAUCAAAAUCAAAAGACGAUAAUUCUGUUAGUUUAAUACGGAAAAUAAUACUCCUGUAUUUGAAACAAUUCUUUGUCUCGUCCAACUUUUAAAUAAGCGCCGCUUAUUCAAGUAGAUACGGUAUUGACUGUUUUCUUUCUGCAGUCAUCAAAUUUCUGCUCGUGCCACAGUUACAAUUUCACUCUCAGAGUAAUUCACAAAGACAUAAGAUGCAGUUCUUUAAUUUGAAUCCUAUGGUGUGCCUAGUCUAACCUCAGCAGUACUUCCACGCGGUAGUGUUUAUUUAUACGGCAUAAACUGGUCCUAGUUUUUUAGUUUCUUGGCAAAAUCAAUCCGUGUGACCAUUACAACGAAACUUCUUUAGGAGUGGGACUAAGAGGACGAAAAUUGGCGCUUUGGUUAUUCAGUACCUUGCAGUUUUAAAAUGUGAAAUUUUAUGUGAAAGUUUGCCUGAACACCUUUGAGACAAACGGCAAAUGAGCAGAGAAGGUCAUUUUUCCUACUGAUCAUUACGCGUGUCGUUUGUUGCCCGUUUUGAAGGUGAAGAGGAGUGUUUUCGUGCUCAUAAAUUGCGUGAGUGCGAACUUUUCUUUUUAAUCGUUUCCGGAAACAGUAGCAAUCGUCUGGCCAUCCCUGCCGUUUACCGUAAGCGUGGUACUUAACUUUGUAGAGUCUUGCCGCCAGCCUGAGAGAGAAUGUGACUUAACUUACUCACAGACAACUUACAGUAAGUUAAGGUGCGUAAAAACGGGCAACAAAAAAACGUGCAACUUGUCUUGCAACAUUGAUGCAGAAUAAGUUGAAUAGCGAUAUCACGCGUUUUACAACCUACAUCAAACCUGUCUUGCAACAAAUCAGGUUGUUAACAGGUUUAUACGUGGGUGGUAAAACGCGCAACAUCGCUAUUUAACUUGUUCUGCAGCACUGGGUGUUGCAAGACAAAUUGCACGUUUUUUGUUGCCCGUUUUUACGCACCUUUACUGUUUGUAAGUUGUUAACUGUUAAGUUGUUAGACAACUGAAUAAAACUUAGCUAGGAUCAUGAGUUACAGAAAGCAUUUUAUUUUUAUUUUACAGUUCUUCCAGGAGAUAUAAGACCUAUAGAGAGAGACGGUAUAACCAUCACUUUUAAUUAUCGACCAGUAUUUUCCAAUGUUCUGGACAUAGCAAUAACGGCUCGCAACUCCAACCCUGUGACACUUCACCAAGUUGUAAUGGGAUUAGAUGUACCUACGGUAAGUUUACAGUCUUUUCUCCAUAUAUUGAAAUGCCAUAUUUACAAUAACUGAGUGAUUUCUCGCGCGCUGAUUGGUCGAUAAGAGCACAGACCAUGGUAAUCACGUGAUGGUGGCGCAACUUGUUUUUCUCUUUCUCUCGUGCGCGAUUAUCCGAGAAACUUCAACAGAAAUGGAGGUCAAAACUGUCAAUGUUAUUGUAAAAAACAAAUUGUCAACAAUUUUCCAUGGUCUAUAGAGUGUCACAUGACAUCACGGCGGCCAUAUUGGUGUCCCAAAACAAUGAAACGGCGGCCAUGUUGGUGUCCCAAACCAAUCAUGUGGGAUUUGAACUCUUUUCGUACGCAAACCCUUUCUCUUGUUCCAAUAAAUUUGCGUAGAUGCUGGCCACGUGAGUGAAAACGUUCUAUACUUCUUAUCAACAAUGGAAAUAACGUCAAAAUGUUCGCCUGCGGCUCGUGGUUACACUUAGCCUGCGAGCAAGCUCUCCUAUUUGGGCGAGCGGAGCGAGUCUCGCGAAAACGCGCGAGCGAGCGGCGAAGCCCCUCGCUCGCGCGUUCUCGCGAGGCUCGCCCAAAUAAGAGAGCUUGCUCGCAGGCUAGGUUACAAUUUGAGUUUUGAACAUUUUGACGUCAUUUUUAUGAUCGAUAAGGGUACAGACCAUAGAAAACUGUUGUCGAUUUGUUGAAUAUGCUGUAAAAGGUAAACGAUGCCCGGCCCACACUAGCGACGCAAGCAUAACACAAGCAUAAGCAAGAGCGUGUCAAGACUUGUUACAAGUCGACCUCUCAGAAGUUUCCAAAAUCGAGUGAAGUGAGCUUCAAUGAAGUCGCGCAGCGAUCGAGCAAGCGACGUCGACUUGUUUCGCCUGAAAUGUGAAUGGACUUGAAUCAUAUUAUAAAUUCACUCGAGAAAAAAUGAUUGACAUAUGCUAUGUCGGGAGUGGCGUCUAAUAUCACUCACUCUUCUAUUGGUCAAUUGUCAUGACGUCACCGGUGGAAUUUUUCACCGGUUAAUUUCGCGCCAAACAGGUGUGAAACUGGCAUAAACUGGCGUUAACAACCAGGAAAAAGUAAAGGACUUUUAGAAAGUCUAUAAUUUCCCCCGAACUAAGGAAAACUGUGUCAUUUCGCUAACGCCCAGCAGCAGUUGUUGCUAGCAGCAAUUGAUUUCGCAUAUUCUGUUUCUUGACAAUAUAUAUUUAACUCUCUUUGAAGCCUGUUAUGACUCACCUUCGAUAUGUGGCUGGUGAAGUCCUUGAUCCCUAUAUGGGGACGAUAACGCAAGUUGUGCAGCUCAACAGACUACAAAAGUUAGAGGUAGUGUUUUUGUUGUUCUCCUUCUUUAACCAUAGCCUGCGUAGUAGGGACCGGUUUUUUGGCAUUCUGCGCUCACUCAUAUAACGUAGAAAACGGAAAACUAAGCCUUUUGCUGUAGGCGCCUCCUCUCCCUUUCGAGCAUUUCCCCUCGCGCGGUCUAUAAAACACGGUCGCCAGCCACGUAGGCUAUUUUAACCAACAAUAAUACCAAUCAGUUUUAUUUUAUUUUAGUUCAAUUCCUUCCUUAGUUUUUCCUGGAGGGAAACAAAACAUUUAGAUAGAAAAACAAAACGAAACAAACCAAAACAUAAGGCGGAACGAAUUAAUGUGAUAGGUUGAAGAUGAUAAAAAAUGAAGUAACUGUUUGGGACACCGCAAUAGCAGAGAGUUAUUUCGAGUUAUUUUGUAUGCUGCUCACCACGUUUGUCAUACAGCUAAAUCACAAAAGGUUGCUUUGGCAAUUGGUCAUUGGUAAUUGGGCAUUGGGCAUAUGGAACAAUGCACUGAUUUGAUUGAGUAAUCACCAAACAAUAGCUUCCUAAUACGCAAUUGCCCAUUUCCUAGUAAGCAGCCUUCAUUGAAUCAGCUAUAUACUGUAUGUAUGGUUCACUACUCUCUGUCCGAGUACCCUGCGAGUAGAGGCUACAUUUUCGCGGUAUGAGAUGGCGUGCGAAAAGUAGCGAGGCUACUUUUGGCACGCCAUCUCAUACCGCGAAAAUGUAGCCUCUGCUCGCAGGGUAGUGUCCGAGUGUCAACACAGAUUACUUUUCAAGACGCUAUUCCGCAGUCAAGUCUUUUCUGUUUAAGUCGGAGAUCGUUUAUACGUUCCCUGUUUAUAUGCAACGUUAUGUUUUGAAAUCCAGUAGGAAGCUCUUAUUCAACCCAUUCUGGCUGGUUUAAGCUUUACUCGUUUCGUUUUGAGAUGGAGACUCUGGUUGUUUACUAUUUACAUGGGAAAACUUGUCGGAUCGGUUCACGGUUUGGGCAAAUGGUAAGCAAAAUUCAGGACUGGUAAAUUUCUUCCCGGAAUCGCGUUUACUAUGUGCACUAAUCAGUUACAUUACCGAAAACGGCUACCACAGGCUGAAACUGGUAUCAAAGAUGGCUUUGAAGAAAUGGAACACGAAAUCAGACUUUCCGAAACGACCCGAAAAGUCGUGUUCCAUUUACUUUUUAUUCAUUUUAUUUUCCAAAAACUUUAGUUAAUGAUAAACAACCACAGAGGACUAUUUUUAAGCUCCACCCCUCUACUUUGUUUUUAGCAUCGCCCACGACGAGGGUAGUGAAAACGUCAAUUUUAAAAUGGAUUCGUGUUUUUUUCAAACUUUGUCGCGUUUAUUCCAAUUUGCUGAAAUUGUCAAAUGUAGGCGAAUUUCCCAGGAGUUGAUUUCUUGGGCACCGCACUGAAGUUUAGAAAGAGAAAGAAAAUUCUCGUCGCUUUUUAAGAUCCUCCAUAAAACGUCAAGUUAGGUAGUGUCACGUCGUAGUGGUGUAGUGACGGCGAAGAAAUGUACCAAAAAAAGCGUGAUACACGUGCAAAGUUGUUGUUUUGCGUAACAAACUUAUUGCUUUUUUGACACUUUCGUUGCUAAAGCUCCCCAGUAAGUAGUUUUCUGACACUUUGUUUUACCACUUAGGAUCCGUUGGUGGCCAAGUUCAAAAUAUACUACGACAACGGUAAUGAGACAAGAGAUUUUGAAGAAACAGUUUGUCUCGGGUGUCCUCUGAUAUCGUCCGUUUUUGCUCGGUGGGAUUGGUGGAUAACAUGCGGUCAGAUACCUCAAGGAAAAUGUACCCAGGUUUAAAUGCAGCAGAGUUAGCAGAGGGCAUUGAUGGCAAUGGCUUGCUUUGAAACCUAGGCAGUUCUGUUAGGAAUGUUGACGGUAUUUUUUAUACAGAGUAUCGUCAACAGAGUCUCUUGGUAUCGUAAAACCAGCACAAGUGAUUUUCUCUUGGCUUUUUGUGGCCAAUCACGACAGAUGCUCACAUUUCAAGGAACCAAUCAGAACUCGAGGAAAGUUCAUCACCAGCACGAAGCUUGCCAAGCGCGGGAAGAAAGACUGCGAGCAAGGCGUGAUUGGUUUGGGUUCGAAGCUUGGUGUUGAGACUUUGUUUAAAACAAUGGCACGAGAUAUUUAUAGUCAUAAACCGAGUCAUGGAAAAUCAAAGAAAUUACCAAACUGUAUUCGUCGCGACUGAAAACUUCUCUGUUCUCUCUGAAAUUGGAACAUGUUAAGUAUGUUUUAGCCCACGCCGUGAUCUUAGACAGACUUUAUACAGAGACACAAUAAAUUCAUAAUGGUUUGGUCCCACGUCAGAAAUGUGGCCUCUUCGGAUCGUCUUCCGACGCACAAGGGUCUAUUUGGGAAAAUUUCGGAAUACCUUGAAUUACUACGGAAUCUUCCUGAUAUUCCAGAAAUUGUUUAGCCCACGCCGUGAUCUUUGACAGACCCCAUACAGAGCACUAAUUCAGAAUUGUUUGGUCCCGCAUCAGAAAUGCAGCCACUUCGGAUCGUCUUCCAAUGCACACUGAGGGUCCAUUUCAAGGAUUUGAGAAAUUUUCGGAAUACCUUGAGAUACUACGGAAUCUUCCACAUACUAAAUCACGGUCCUAAAUUUGAUGAAUGUCAUCAUCAUUGUCCUUGGUCCCCAAAUGGGAAAUUGAGCCGUGUUGAUAAAUGUACUUUAAGUAUAAAUGGUAGUAUUAUUCAUUCAAACUAUUUUGCCGUGUCUGACUCUGCUCCAAUCCUCUGGCUAUUUUUUCACGACCAGCCGUCGCUUUCUAUUUUUGGAGAAUGUAGGC